CGCGGCGGUUGCAUCACCCGCGCGGGCGGCGCUGGGGGCGGUGUCGCAAUCGCCGCUCGCCCCUGCCGCACGCUACCGAAGGAGGCUCGGGCCCAGCCCGGCCCCUCCCGCCGCCGCCUCCCGCCUGCGCCGCCACAGGUUCCUCUUGUCCUUAACCCAUGUGAAGACCUGCUGGAAACACCUUCUCAAGACAUCUCAGCUUUCAGCCUCCUGAGCUCUGCUGUGUCCAGGAAGAGCCUGUCCAAAUGAGCAAGACAUCUCCACAGCCCCCCAGCGCAGAGGCCAACGGAGUCAGUGUCAUCUACACCCAGGCGCACAGCAGCGGUCUGCAGCAGGUCCCCCAGCUGGUGCCCGUCAGCCCUGCUGGAGGGGGCAAGGCUGUACCCCCCAGCCGGCAGGGCAAGAAGAGCUCCUUCGUGGACAGGAAUAGCGACGAGUACCGGCAGCGCCGCGAGCGCAACAACAUGGCAGUGAAGAAGAGCCGUCUGAAGAGCAAGCAGAAGGCACAAGACACGCUGCAGAGAGUCAACCAGCUCAAAGAGGAGAACGAACGCUUGGAAGCAAAGAUCAAGCUCCUGACCAAGGAGCUGAGUGUACUGAAAGACCUGUUCCUUGAGCAUGCACACAACCUGGCAGACAACGUGCAGCCUGUCGGCACCGAGCCCCCCACAGCAAACCCCGACAGCAGCGGGCAGUAGGCACUGCUGCAGCCCAUGCCAUGCACUCUGCAGCUCCAGCGGCACCCACACAGUGACCAAGCACAGACUCCGCUCUCUUAACCAUCACCUUGGGGCAGUUUCCCUCUCUGUCUGGGUUUAAUACUGAACAUUUGGUGCAGUUACUCCAAAACCCACUUGGGUGCUUUUUUAGGCCUUCAUUUGCUCUGCAGGAUUUACCCAAAGCUGUAGAGCUCAGCUCACAGGCAGCUUGCUCCCAGGGAAUGGCAUUCCCACAGAUGGUCACUUAUGGCUUGCACACUGGGAGGAAUCCAGCAGGAUAGGUCACUGCAGUACCAGAAAUGCCUCACUGGCUGAAAUGUCCUUGCAAUAGGUGUGGGUGUGUUUCUCCCCUCUGGGGUAGCUGUGGGUGUCUCUCCCCUUUGCUUGCUGUCUUACAAGCUGCAGAGGCCCUGGCUUGGUUGCUUUCCCUGGACUGCACACCUAUGGAGCGUGUCCUGCGAAGCACUACUUGGGGCUUUCUUGUGCAGUGGUAGUUUCUGGUGAGAGUGUAACAUUGGUGAGCUGGGUGCUUGCUGGAGAGCAGCAAUAUACUCUGAGGAUAUGUACAGGCUGUGUGCAGGCAGUUGGCUUCCCAGUGACAGCUGAGGCUGAAGCAUCCUGCACUAGAGGUCAGGCAGCACACACCAAGCUCACUAUGUGAUCACAGGGUAUUAGGGAGUGGAAGGUACCCAAGGAGAUCAUUGAGUCCAACGCCCCUGCCACACAAUCUAGCACAGAUCACAGAGGAAUGCAUCCAGACAAGCCUUGAAAGUCUCCAAAGAAGGAGACUCCACAACCUCUCUGGGGAGCCUGUUCUAGUGCUCUGGGACCCUUGUGUUGAGGUGAAACCUCAGGUGCUGCAAGGCUUCAUGAAGGUUCUGCUUCACCUUUUACAGGAUGCUUUGGAUCCAAACAAGGCCUCACAAGAGCAAGAAAAUCCCCAGAUGCUGCUAAACCUGUGCUCUGCAAAGCUGCCUUCUUGCUGGGGUGCAGCUAUCAGGGAGAACAAAAUCUACAGCUUGCCUAGAGUCAGCCACGGCGUUUGGGUCACUGCCCCUUGACACUCAUCUCCACUUUCAUGGCUGCUCAGAUUUGUGAUCAAGAUCUCCAGGGAACCCAAACAGCCCUGCUCUGAGUACCUGAUACACAGUGGGCUUGCUGCAGCCAACUCACAGCUCUGAAGUCUCUUCAGUCUUGGGUUGUUUCAUAACAGUUUUUUCUAGAGCAAGUUUUUUCCUCCUAGUGCGGAGUCUUUGCCGGGGUCCAUAACGCAGUGGGCUGGACUGGAGUGAGCAGUGCACAACAAAGCAGGACCUUUGAUGUGACCUUAAUUUAUUUUCCUUUUAAACUAUUUCAUUGCUGGUUUGGUUGUGUUACACUGAAGCAGUGCCUGGCUGGUGGAUCACUGCCCUGUCUCACUCUCCCCACAGAUGACUUUGUAGGAUGCUGUUGGCCUCGCGUCUGUCCUUAGGAAGAGAACUUGGCUAUUAUCUCUAUGAAGAUGCUGUUAACAAACCUUACAGGGCUUGGUUUGAAUUUACACUUUUAAUACCUACAGACAACUUCUCUGGAUUGUUUUGGAUUCUGGUAGUCUUUUUACAAAGAUAUUUUUUGGUUCUAGCUGCAGUUUAAGUAGGUAGGGUUGAAAGAGCAGCAGCUAAUAAAAACCUUUUGCUUCUA